AUGAAAAUAUUAUUCCGAGGAGGACUUGAAGACAAUGUAAACUCAGAAACGCUUCUGCUGGAUCUGAACGACGUGAAGCCUGACCAGGAAAGCCUCAGCGAAUCCGUGCGGGCAAAGGACCUUGUUUUGUACGUCGAGAGAAACCACAUAAAAGAAGGAUACAAGCACUUUGCAUCAAAUGGGGAGCUGGAAGGGGGCGUGCUGUGCAUAAUAAACGAGGUUGACUGGGACAUUCUUGAGGCAGAAAAUACAUUGCUAAAAAACACGGACACUGUGCACUUUAUAACAACACUUCACGGCGGAUAA